AUGGACUGGACUGGACUAGACUGGACUGGCCUGGACUGGACUGGACUGGAUUGGGUUGGACUCUACAGGAUUAGACUGGACUGGACUGGAUUGGACUUGGCUGGACUGCACGGGACUGGACUGGAGAAAACUGAAAUGGACUGGACUGGACUGGACUGGACUGGACUGUCCCGGACUGGACUGGACUGGGCUGGACUUGACGUGACUGUACGUAGCUGCACUGGACUGGACUGGACUGGACUGGACUGCACUGGACUGGACUGGACUGGACUGGACUGGACUGCACUGGACUGGACUGGACUGGACUGGACUGAACUGGACUGGACGGGACUGGAUUGGAAUGGACUGGACAAGGUAGGACUGGACUGGAUUGAACUGGCCUGGAUUGGACUGGACUGCACUGGAGUGGACGUGACUUUACUAAACUGCACUCGACUGGACUGGACUGGAGUGCACUGGAGCGGACUUAACUGUACUAUACUGCACUGGACUGGACUAUACAAGACUGGACUGCACUGGACAGGGUAG